AUGACCACCACCGCAGUGACCAAGCCCACCCUCACCUACUUCAACCUGCCCGGUCUCGCUGAGGCCCCGCGCCUUCUCCUCGAAGACGCCGGCGUCGACUACGACUACGUGGCCGUCGCCAACUGGGCCGAACUCAAGCCCGAGUUCCAGGCCGCUGGCAAGGCGCCGUUCGGGCAGCUCCCCAUCUAUGAGGACCCGUCGGGCCUGUCGCUGGCGCAGAGCUCGGCCAUCACCCGCCACCUGGCCCGCGAGCACGGCUACUACGGCACCUCGGCCCACGAGGCCGCGCUGAUCGACCAGGCGGCCGAGGGCGUGGUCGACAUCCGCACGCGCGUCAUCCAGGCCGUGUUCCGCACCCCCGAGGAGCAGAAGGCCGAGGCCAGGGCUCAGUUGCUGGCCGACUACCUGCCCGGCCAGCUGGCCAUCUUCUCCAAGCUCCUCGAGAAGAACGGCGACAACGGCUUCCUCGUCGGCUCCAAGUUGAGCUAUGCGGACGUGUACCUGUGGACGACGGUGGCCAUGCUGAACACGCGCGUGGAGGGCAGCCAAGAGGUGACGGCCAAGUACCCGGCCAUCACCUCCUUCUUCGACCGCUUCGCCGCUCGCGAUCGCGUCAAGGCCUACCUCGCCCGCGACGUCUACGCCAAGAAGGAGUGA